CUUUCGUCCAUUCAACAAGCUCUGCUGUAUUCGCGUAAACGACUGAUCUCCGUAUUACACUUUAUGGCUAAUAGCUAGACAAUUAAUAUCCAUAUGGGGUCCUUCACCUACGUGAAUUGCAUUACAUCCAGUUCAGCAAACUGUUUAGUUUAAAUAAUUCGUCGUCGAAUCGGGGAGCUGCACUUCUGCACACCUUUGAGCAGCAGUAUGAUGCAGGCAGGAGUCUGUCCGAGACAGGACACUGAGACAACACUACCAGAGCUCACUGAGCAGCACAGGAUCAAACUGAAAGAAGAGGAACUCAGUGGACUGGAGUCUGUACACAUGGCAGAGCCAGAGACUGAGUGUGCUGCACCAGGACUCAACACACUGGAGCCAGAGUGUGUUACAGCUCACAGUGGGGUCAGUGAUGUACACCACACACACACAUCAGUGAUUAAAAUGGAAACUGAUCUGGGCUCCAUCCACACUGGGGAUGUUAAGACAGAGAGGAUGGACAGUACAGAGCUGGGAUAUGUAACCCAUCUGCAUCCUGACCAAAUCAAAACAGAGACUGAAGAUGGAGGAUAUCUUAAGGCAGAAGGCAUCAGUGACGUGCCGGAUAUUGAAUGUGUUGCUAUUAAAUCUGAUCAAGGAAAGUGUGAAUCCAGUGAAGUGAGUGAUGUCAUGAACACUGUGAUGAAUGGAACUGCAGUUGAUCACAAGAACCAGACUGAACCAUGGCAAUGUGCAGGAGAGCCAAACACAAAGUGUAAAAAAGAAAUUCCUGAUCUGCUGCAUCUGACCCAAUAUGGGAAUUUGAAUCCACACUGUGACAUAAACAAAGAGAAUAGUCAGACCAGAUUUGUCCAGGAAGGAAUAAACGGGACCAACAAACAUAUUAAUUUACAGAGAACAAAUGUGACAAUGGAACCCAUAAGUAACUCGAGUGAAAACUCAAGCCUUUUGAAUUUCUUUCAAAAUAAGAUCAUUCCUACAAAUGAAGGGGAAAUUAAUACAGGUGCAAAACUGUACAAAUGUACACAGUGUGAGAAGUGCUUUAAUACCAAAUCAUGUUUAAAUCGACAUCUGAGAAUUCAUACAGGUGAAAAGCCCUACAGAUGUUCUCAGUGCGAGAAAUGCUUUUCCAUGAAAUCUCAUUUAAGUAGUCACCAGGUAAUUCAUACAGGUGAAAAGCCCUACACAUGUUCUCAGUGUGGCAAGUGCUUUUCUGUAAAAUCGAAUUUAAAUCGCCACAAGACGAUUCAUACAGAUGAAAAGCCCUACAAGUGUUAUCAGUGCGGGAAGGGCUUUUCAAGAAUGUCCCAAUUAUGUUGCCACCAGAAAAUCCAUACAAACGAAAAGCCCUACAAAUGUUCUCAGUGUGAGAAAUGUUUCGGUACCAAAUCUGGUUUAAAUGCACACCUGAGAAUUCACACGGGUGAAAAGCCCUACACGUGUUCUCAUUGCGAGAAAUGUUUCAGUACCAAACAUGUUUUAAAUACACACCUGAGAGUUCAUACUGGUGAAAAGCCCUACACAUGUUCUCAUUGCGAGAAAUGUUUCAGUACCAAAUCUGUUUUAAUAAUACACCUGAGAAUUCAUACAGGUGAAAAGCCCUACGAGUGUAAUCAUUGUAGUAAGCGCUUUUCCUGCUUAUCUAAUUUAACUAGCCACCACGUAGUUCACGUUGGUGAAAAGCCUUUAAAAUAUUCUCGGAUUGGGAAGUUUUUUUCCAAACCAUGUUCUCGAUCUCAUCACAAGGUGAUUCAUAAAGGUGCCAAGCUCAAAAAUGUUAUUGCAGCGGAAACUGCUUUUCCCAACCAGGUAUUCUGUAUUGCCACAAGAUUCAAGGUGAAACACCCCGCAGUUGGUGUGUAAUCAUAAUGUCCUGUACACACAUAAUCUAGUUUAUACAUCUUUCAACGCGUUCAUGUACACUCAGCGAACACUAUUUACAGUUAUUCUUUAGAUUGCUACUGUAUUCCACCCACUUGAAGAUUUAAUCUGUUGUGUGUUCAGAGAUGCUCUUCUGCAUACCACUUGUAACGUGGUUAUUUCAGUUACUGUCACUUUCGUGUCAGCUUGAACCAGUCUGGCCAUUCUCCUCUGACCUCUCUCAUUGGCAAGGUGUUGUUGCCCAUAGAACUGACACUCAGUGGAUGUUUUUUUGUUUUUCACACUCCUCUGUAAACUGUAGAGACUAAACCACACUGUCCGGCACCAACGAUCAUUCCACAGUCAAAAGUCACUUAGAUCACAUUUCUUCCCCAUUACGUUGCUUACGUUGCUUCUUCAGCUACAACUGAACCUCUUGACCAUGACUGAAUGCUUUUCUUGAUUAAGUUGCUGCCACACGAUUGACUGAUUAGAUAUUUGCAGUAACAUUCAGGUGUACAGGCCUACCUAAUAAAGUGGUCACUGAGUGUUGAUUAAUUGCCCUGCCGUUAUAUGUAGUUGGGCAAGUGUUUUUAACAGGGCUGACUGGGAUACAUUUUUUCAUUUUCAUUCUUUUGAAAAUGUCAUUAUCCUUGAAAUUCAAAGGAUAUUUUUCAUGACAAAAUUGGUACCAGUGUAACUGACAAUGUGCAAACUGAAUAUAUCGUAGGAAGCAAGAUGGUAUAACAUACUGCUAAUCUUACUGGCCUUUUCAGUUCUUUUCUGCCAAUGUAGUGGGUAUAAUGUGUAUAUCAGCUACAGCUAAUCAUUAGACUUAAGACACUGUUUAAUCUCCGAUCAGUCGAGGAACAUUUUUUCAGUCUUUAUUUUUCAGUGUUCUAUAUGAAUUGUGUAUGGGUCAUUUUUACAUUAUGAAAUGUGAACAUGUGUGUACCAAAGCCUUUAUGCCAUGUAAAUUUCUGUUGAACUGUAUCUAUUACUGUAUUGUCAUUGCUUUCUGCUUUACUACUGUGGGCGGCCUGUAGUGUAGUGGUUAAGGUGAAGGACUGGGACACGCAAGGUCGGCGGUUCUAAUCCUGGUGUAGCCACAAUAAGAUCCGCACAGCCGUUGGGCCCUUGAGCAAGGCCCUUAAUCCUGCAUUGCUCCAGGGGAGGAUUGUCUCCUGCUUAGUCUAAUCUACUGCACGUCGCUCUGGAUAAGAGCGUCUGCCAAAUGCCAAUAAUGUAAUGUAAUGUAACUACUCCUGUUAGUAAGUUUAGUUUCAUUCCUGCUACACAUUCCUCAGAACAGUGAUUAUGCAAGAAAUAAACUCAUACGCUGUGUUGAGCAGAGGAAUUUCUCUCCUGUGUUUAUACGUCUCUUUAAUUAAAUUAUUUUAUUCAACCUGGUGUCUGUUUUGGUGUCACAUGAACAUGAGAGCCGAGUCAAAUCAGUCUUUCGACCUUCAGGUUAUCUGAAUAUAUUUCACCAUUAAUAUUUGUUUUAGUAGUUUAGAUGAUAGUAAUUUUAUGAGAGUGAUUUCUUUUUGUAUUAUGCUAAAUAAAUAAAUUUAUGGUAAAUAAAUGUCACUCAUUGGACCUGCUGUUGCCGUCUCUUUUUUGGGGUUCUUGUGGUAUUGGUCACUGCACCAAUUAGAGACGGAAUUGAAAACAGAUUUUUAAAAUUAUUAUUUAUUUAUUUAUUUUCUUCCAACCAUGGGUCCAAGAUACUACAGACAAUUCUGUGACUACAAUAGUAAACAGAAAACAGUCUUUUACAAGCCAUUAUUUAUUUUGGGAGCCGGUGUCCCUAUAUUGAUUUGCAUGUAUAUGUCUGUUUAUUCAUCAUUCAACAGCAACACAACUGGCACAACGUGUAAUUAUGCAAUAAAGAAAGUGCUGUAAUAAA